CUUUGAAUCCUCAAUUCUGCAAUCUUCUAAAUCGCUAUACAAUAUGGCAGAAAUUGCGGAUUUAGUAGGUGAUUUAACUCAAUCAUCUAAAACUUUAGGAGAUUCAUGCACCACAAUGAAAUCCGAAGUUCAAUCGAACCAAGUCGUCGGAUCGAAACGACCGCAUCCAGACGACGACGACGAUGAGAACGUUGGCGGCAAUGCCAAUUGUAAGCGCAACAAGUUAGAUAACGGUACCGAACCCGAGGCACUUGCACCUACGCUUUCUGCCACAUCCGAUCCCGCUUCAAUCUCCGCAUCCACCACCGCUGCUGUUGUCGCUACUACAGCCGUCCCCACGCUAUCCAAGAAUCAGCUGCGAAAACAGAGACAACGAGAGCUUUGGAUAGAGAAGAAGAAAGAGAAGAAGGUCUUGCGUAACCAGAAGCGCAAGGAUAAACAGCAACAGAAGCGAAUAGAGAAGGAAGCAGAGAUUGCCGCCGCUGCUGCCGAAGGCAGAGAACCUGUAUUCGAUGAACCCGAGCGACCACCCAAGCCAACACAGGUUCAAGCACCUGUAACAGUUAUCAUCGACUGCCAAUUCGAGAAGUACAUGAUGGAGAAGGAGUUAGUGUCUUUGUCAAAUCAAGUCACCCGCUGCUAUUCCGACAAUAGAAACUCUCGGUAUCCCGUCCACAUGUUCGUCAGCUCCUACGGCGGCUACAUGAAGGAGAGAAAUGAGACGAUUUUGCAGAACCAAUUCAAAAAUUGGAAGAAUGUCCAUUUCGUAGAAGGCGAUUUUGCCGAAGCAGCUACUCAGGCUAAGAAGUUAAUGGGGACUGCCGAGGAUCAGGUUAUCGAGGCCCUCGCGCAAGGCAAAGAAGGAGAUGCCAUUUCUUUCACAGUGGCCGAUCACGACGGCAAGAAGAAGCACAAGUCUGCACCUACCCCGGAACCUGAAGCCGCCGACGUAGAGAAGUCCAUCGUCUACCUCACCGCCGAUUCACCAUACACCAUUGAUCGCCUUGAGCCAGGCACAUCUUAUGUCAUCGGUGGCAUAAUAGAUAAGAAUCGCGAGAAGGGUUUAUGUUAUAAGAUCGCGCGGGAGAAGAACGUUCGUACAGCAAAGCUUCCUAUCGGCGAUUUCAUGGUGAUGCAGAGCCGCCAUGUCCUAGCCACGAACCACGUGAUGGAGAUCAUGCUCCAAUGGUUAGAGACGGGUGACUGGGGAAAGGCUUUCGUGAAGGUGAUUCCUACGAGAAAAGGAGGAAAACUUAAAGGAGGUGAGGGCGCAUCUACACCAGAGGAUCAGCCGGCAAACGACGCGAUUACGGCCGAUGACGCCUUCGAGAUGACCCCUCCUGAACCGAAUGUGACCUCUCCCAAACCAAGCGAACCCGAGAAUCCUACGGCUCAAAAACCCCAUAGUCCCAUCCAAGUAAAAGGAAACGAAUCGGAUGAUUCUAGCAUGUCUUUACACAAUUAGGUCGGUUCAAAGCCAUAGUCAGUGACACAAGCACCAGUCAAGCAAGCUAAAGAGGAAGCACUUGCUGGCAACACUCCAACUAACCAAGAUAGACGUACGGACACUACCGACGACCCCAACGACCCUAGUAUUUGGAAAACCGCCCUUGACAAACUCCCCCUAAACAGAGACCCUAACAACAGAGUACGGGACUGGAGGAAGAAGGUCAACCUCGCCAUGAUGACUCCUAGCCGACAACAACAACGCUCGAGUGAAUAACGGUCGGAACGACGAAUCCUAUCAUGUAUAUGGUAGGACACGCGCAGCGUUUCCUUUAUGUUUCUUUUGAGAUAUCCCGACACGGCUCUAUACAACUUUGCGGUUGACUGUGCUUCGAAUUUUUAGGUAAAUAAAAACCUAGCGCAUAAACUUUCUGGGCUUGUGAUCUUUUUUAAGUAUAACCCCUAUAACCACUAAG